AUGCAAAAAGCUGGUAAACAUGUAUCUGCGGCUCCAUGCUGCUCUAUAACGCAGCACCCUCAUCCCAACCGAUGCCCAUUCUGCUGCAUGCCGGAAAAAACCAAAGCAUGGCCAACAUGCGCCCAGACCGUUGCAUUUUCGUUAAUUUCUCUAAAUGCAGCGCAGCUGAAGUUGUUUUGGUUUUUUGAAGGAAUCUAUGCUGAAAAACUCCAUGGUAGAAAAUCUGAACCAUUCUGGAUCGGUGUUCGUAAGGUUGGUUACAAAUGGAUGAUGCCAGCAGAGGACAAACCUUUCGGAUACACUCCGGUCACUUUUACGAAUUGGGGACCGUCACAACCAGAUGGCUGCUGUUCGCACGAUGUUACUUGUGUCGUGGUGAAUCGCUGGGGUAACAAAGGGGAAUGGGAUGAUCAGGGCUGCAACAGCUACGUGGGAAACGCUGGCGCUAUUUGCCAGAAAAAGGGAUUGUGA